AUGCAGGUGCCUCUAAGACUUUAUUCCUUGGAUGAAUUGAGGCUGAAUGGAAUCGAAGCAUCGUCUCUUUUGUCACCAGUGGAUGCAACACUUGGUUCAAUAGAAAGAAACCUGCAACUUGCUGCUGCUCUAGGAGGGCUUGCUGCCUGGAAUGUGCUUGGCUUUAGCCCACAACAAGUUCUAUAUUUUUCUCUGGGGCUGCUGUUUCUAUGGACACUGGAUUCAGUCUCUUUUGAUGGAGGUGUUGGUAGCUUGGUUCUUGAUACAAUUGGGCACACAUUCAGUCAGAAGUACCACAAUAGGGUUGUUCAACAUGAAGCUGGCCAUUUCUUAAUCGCUUACUUAGUGGGCAUUCUUCCCAAAGGAUACACACUAACUAGUUUGGAAGCUUUGAAGAAGGAAGGAUCUCUAAAUGUUCAAGCUGGGACCGCUUUUGUGGAUUUUGAAUUUGUUGAAGAAGUUAAUGCAGGAAAGGUAUCUGCUACAACACUGAACAGGUUCUCAUGUAUAGCACUGGCGGGUGUGGCGGCUGAGUAUCUUUUAUAUGGAAUUGCUGAGGGAGGCCUUGCUGACGUUAACAAGUUGGACAUGCUACUCAAAAGCUUGGCCUUCACACAGAAGAAAGCGGAUUCCCAAGUCAGAUGGUCUGUACUGAAUACAGUCCUACUUUUGCGGCGCCAUGAAUUAGCACGAGCUAAGCUUGCAGAGGCCAUGUCCAUGGGAAAGUCUAUAGGAACUUGCAUUGGCAUUAUAGAGGAGACCAUAGACGAUUCCGACAUCCAGCUUCAACUGGGUUGAAGUGGAGGCUGAGGAAUUCAAGCUCCAUUAACAUUUGUUUCCUUCUAAUUUUCUGUUAGGUAGUGAAUUUGAAAAGGGUAGAACAAGUGAAAGAUUUGUGAUACAAGAAGAAGGCAGUAACUCAAUGCACGAAUUUAUUUGAAAUUUUUUAUGUUGUGAAGGA